AUGAGGAAACCCAAAGUGUUUCAACUUGUAGGUCUUCCUCAGGGGGUUAUACGUUCUGCUCUGGGGAAGAAGUUCAGAAAAAUACACGGGUAUGUCACACAGCAGAGAAGUCUCCAUAAGACAAGCACUGAAAAGGGUGAAGAACUUAAACGACAUUUAAAAAAUGGCUCAGCCUGUAAUAUAGGUCUCCAAAUAUUUUCAUUGAUAAUCUGGAUUGGUUUAAGCAUAGCUAUGAUCGUCAUGGGUGUCAUAUACAAAGACAAAUGCCCCAUCCAGCCCUACAUCCCCACCUUUCUGUUGGUGACAGGAGCCACACAUUUAGUAGCUGUUGCUCUGUUGUUUGUCAGGUCUAUAUUUGAGACAUGCAGCAUGAUUCUAGAAGGUUUGAUAGGAACAUUCAGCUUUGCCUGGUUUAUAACAGGUAGUGUCUGGGUCUUUAAGGUGUACAAAGUAUAUGAAGGACUGUGUGACAAGGAUCUUUACUUAUUUGCUUUCGGAAUCCUGAUAUUUGAAUAUGUGCUGCUUGGAUUAGCCCUGAUUUGUCCAUGUUUAUGCGGUUCCCCUAGAGCAUUAUUUUACGAAAGAUUAGAGUGACGAGUGUAAAAUCAGUGGAACGAAAUCUGUGGAAAUCAUAUAAUAAAGAAAACUGGAAAGAAAACGCCAAUAGAGUGAAAAUCAGAAUGAUCACAAUUUGUUUAGAUAAGCAUUUCUGUUUGCAGAUACUGUAGGUAAAUGUGUUUUAACCACUUCAAUACAGAGCAUUUUCACCCCCUUCCUGCCCAGACCAAUUUUUCGUUUUCAGCACU